AGAUCUGCGGCUUGCCCCGCGGUUCGAUGUGACACGCCGAGUUGCGGGGGUUGAGCAAGUGCAUGUGUAUAAAUGGAAUUGAGUUCCUGCCAUUGCUGCAAACAUAGCCAUAGUCCCAAAGCUUCCUACCUCACUCAGUAAGCUGUCUUGAGCCAGUAGAGCCUAUUUUCUUCUCGUCCUAUCGGCCUUGGCCAUCCAUAUCGAGAAACGAGUAGGAAGAUGCACAGCCAAGUCGGGAUCAGUCUUGUAGCAGCUUUCUCUGUUCUUCUCCAAGCGACAACCGUAACAGCAUCAUUCGAUGGAAACUUGAACUAUGUUAGCCCAUCACGGCGUCAUCCGAGUCUUGGAAUUGAUAUCCCGCAUGUCGCGCGGCGGAGCCUAAAGCGCGGCAAUGUGGCCUAUGCUCCUAGCGAUCUAUCUUUUACGCAUGGUGUAGCCUCGGGAGACCCCUACUCUGAUUCUAUCAUCCUGUGGACACGAGUUGCCCCUUCAAGUGCCUCUGACGCAAGCAAUGUGACAGUCGAUGGCCCCGUGCCAUUGUAUAAUCACGAUACGCAAGUCUAUAUCGGGGCUGACCCUACCCCUAUUUGCAUUGACUGGGCUGUAUUUCCCGAGGGAGGACUGAACGGAUCAGCUAUCGCAAGCGGAACGGCCUACACGACUAGCGACAUUGACUAUACAGUCAAGGUGGAGGCAACAGGGCUAGAGCCGUUUACCACCUAUAAUUAUCAAUUCACCAUCUGCGGUUCCGACGUCACGAGUCCCGUGGGACGGACCAAGACCGCACCAACAGCAGACGCAGAUGUAUCAGAGGUCAAUUUUGCCGUUUUCUCAUGUAGCAACUAUCCAAAUGGGUACUUCAAUGCAUACGGUAAUGCCGCCAGAAAAGAUAAUCAGGACUAUUUCGUACACCUUGGAGACUAUAUCUACGAGAGUGCUGCUCGAGGAGAACGGGCCCAUCAGCCACCUCGGUUGCUAUUCACGCUCUACGACUACAGAACCCGGCAUGGACAGUACCGUACCGACCCGGACCUUCAGCUGGCUUCUCAAAAUUUUGCAUGGAUCACCACUUGGGAUGAUCAUGAGGUGUCGAACAAUGGAUACAGAGAUGGAAGUAGUGGACUCAAGUGCGCCAACCCACCCUUAUAUCAUCUGAUAAGACAGUUACUAAUAUCAUUCUAUCUAAGUAACACCGAAGAUUCUUUCUUAAAAAACGGUGGCGUCAGCGUGGAUCAGCGCAAGAUGAAUGCCGUGAGAGCUUAUUUUGAAUGGAUGCCUAUUAGGCAAGUUGACCUUGAUGAUAACUUGCGCAUUUGGAGAUCAUUCCAAAUGGGCAAUCUGUUAGACUUCAUCGUACUCGAUACGCGAAACUACGACCGCAGUAUCACUUCUCUUGACUGGAACGACAACUACAUUGACUUAAUCCGAGACGAUGCGUCUCGAACGUUGAUGGGCUCUCGCCAAGAGAACUGGUUCUACAGAGAGUUGUCGAAGUCCUCGGACCGUGGUGCAGCUUGGAGAAUCAUCGGCAACCAGAUUGUCUUCUCGCGCAUCUAUGAGUCAUACGGAUUAAGCGGUGAUAAUUGGAGUGGAUAUUCUGCCAACCGCAAUCGUACACUGAAGCAUUUAUAUGACAAUAACAUCGGUAACAAUGUGUUUUUGGCUGGCGACAGUCAUCAAAACUGGGUCUCGGAUCUGGUCUGGCUCGAUGAAAAGGAAUAUGACCCGGAAACAGGUGACGGUUCCAUUGGCGUCGAGUUCGCCGGCACAGCUGUGAGCUCGACUGGCCAAAAUUCACCAAUUCUCCCGGCACGUACACAAGCAGAGUAUCGCGUAGGCAACAACUCGGAGCUACAGUGGCAGGACGGCUACUAUCGCGGCUACAUUCUGUUAUCCGUGAAACAGGACAGUGUGCAGGCGCAAUUCUAUGGUUCGCCGAGCGUAGCGACGCGAAACUCUUGGGACUUGCCUCUCGCUAACUUCACGGUGAUAAAUGGGGAGAAUAAACUAGCCCGCCCUGUUGCAGGAGGGUCCGUCGAGUCAGGGGCACUGAGAGGAGGCAAGACAACGCCCACCAAUCUCACGCUCAAUACCGACACAGGGGAGUGGGAUAUCGUUGGUUACGAACAAAUGUAUAUCAAAACCUAGUAUUAUAUAGUCCAGUAGCCUUCUUGAAUGGCUACAUGAUGCUAUAACCUGGAAUUCAUGUGUGCUAAUGUCUUGAGAAAGGUACCAAUCUAGGAAGUGGAUUGUACCUACUGUACCUACAUAUGUAGGUACUGUCUUCUUUUAGUAUCAAUUUAACUGAGUUCAGGGACUUACAUAGGCUAAGCCUAUAUGGGUAGGGAGAGCUCUGUGAGGUGGGGGUGCGAGCGGAAGCGGGGCUAG